AUGGCGUGCGUAUGGAGGUUAAACCUCACUCUAAUUGCUUCCAUAUUUAUCGUGUGUGCCCUGGAGAAGUUUUCCGGGCAAAUCAGUUACUCUAUUCAGGAGGAAAUGGAAGAAGAAUCAUUUGUUGGGAAUAUCGCUGCAGAUUUGGGAUUGAAUGCACAGCAAUUAGCAACUCGUAAAUUCCGGCUGAGCGCUGAUGACGGAGGACGGUAUAUGAAGGUCAGUUUGGAUAAUGGAGUUUUGUCUAUUCGUGAAAAAAUCGACCGGGAACGUCUUUGCGGGCAAACAGAUAGGUGUACGAUGCCCUUUGAAAUAAUACUGGAAAAUCCAUUGGAGGUGAUUCCCGGGGAGCUGGUGAUUCUUGAUGUGAAUGACAAUUCACCCACUUUCCGGGAGAGGAGUAUUCCGUUGCAGAUAUCCGAAGCCAUUCCUACUGGAGCACGCUUCCGUCUCGAGAGGGCCGAAGACGCCGAUAAUGGAAUAAAUACUGUGGUUGACUAUGCAAUCAGUUCGAGUGAGUACUUUAGUCUAAAAUCACGGAGAACCGAAGGGGGUAUUGUAAUUGCCGAAUUGUUGUUAGAGAAAUCUUUAGACCGGGAACUGCAGUCGUCUUUUCAGCUUGUGCUUACGGCUAUGGACGGUGGGACCCCUCAGAGAUAUGGUACAGCUCAGAUACUCAUUACUGUACUAGACUUCAAUGAUAAUCCACCUGUAUUCGAACAUGAUGUUUACCGGAGUAUCAUAAGGGAAAAUACACCCCGAGGUACAUUAGUGAUGAAAGUUAAGGCAAAUGAUUUGGACGAAGGCCUGAAUGCAGAGCUGAAAUAUUCCUUCAGUGUACUUACUUCGCAAAGGGUGCAUGGUGUUUUCAGUUUAGUCCCUGAAACUGGAGAGAUUGUAAUUGAAGGACCACUAGAUUUUGAAGAAAUAAACAGCUAUUCGCUCGAUAUCCAAGCUGUUGAUCACGGGACUCCUGCGAAUACGGGACACGCCAAUGUCCAGAUUAAAAUUAUUGACGUAAAUGACAACGUACCCGAAAUAAAAGUGACGUCACUGACGAACCAAAUCCCGGAAAAUGCACCACCAGCAACUUUCAUAACAUUAAUCAAUGUUAUCGAUCGUGAUUCUGGACAGAACGGUCAAGUGCGCUGCGAGAUACCAAAUAACUUACCUUUUAUGCUAUACGCGUCGUCAAAUCAUCAUAAGCUAGUUACACGGGAGAAAUUAGACCGUGAAUCGGUGUCGAGGUAUGCAAUAAAUGUUUCAGCCUGGGAUUCGGGGUCACCUUCCCAUUCAACAAAUACAAUCAUCCAUAUUGUAGUUACUGAUGUAAAUGAUAACGCCCCACACUUUUCUGAAUUAUCCUACAACAUAUAUGUGUCUGAAAAUAAUGCUCCUGGCGCAUCCAUUUUCACAGUAUCUGCGUCCGAUCCUGAUAUGGAGCAGAAUUCAUCUGUUUCGUACUCCAUUCUGGACGAUCAUUUCGAAAAUCUGCCCGUGUCCACAUACCUCAGCGUUAACUCCAUGAACGGCACCAUUUACGCCUUGCGCUCUUUUGACUAUGAGGAAUUGAAAAAAGUUCAGAUCCUCGUUCAAGCCCGUGACGCUGGGAUACCCUCACUGAGCAGCAGCGCUACAGUGAAUGUGAUUAUUCUGGAUCAAAAUGACAACGCUCCUGUAAUCAGUUCACCUUCAGCACAGAGUGGUUCAGCAGCCGCGGAGGUCGUUCCUCAGUCAGCGGGUCAGGGGUAUUUCGUCACCAAAAUUAUGGCUACAGAUGCAGAUUCCGGUCAGAACGCUAGGCUCUUUUACCAAAUGGUGAAAGCUACUCAUCCAAAUUUGUUUAUCAUCGGUCAAACGUCCGGGGAAAUCAGAACAACGCGUAAAAUCUUGGAGGCGGAUCUUACCACACAGACUUUGCUCAUCUUGGUGAAAGACAAUGGGCUGCCAAAGCUAUCCAGUACGGUUACGGUUCACAUCGCAAUUAUGGAGAACAGCACCGAAACUCUCCCCGAAAGCAGUAAUUCAGUGAAUACUUCUGAAUAUUUAUCUGAUCUCAAUCUUUAUUUAUUGGUUAUUUUCAGUUGCACUUCCAUUGUCUUUCUUCUCAUUAUCAUUGUGUUGAUCUGGAUCAAGUGUAAACAGGACAGAAAUAACCCCCAGGAGUAUACUUCGCCCAGUUAUUGUUACAAACGUGGAGACAUGCAGGACACGUUUAAUCGAAGAUCUCUAAUGGAAGAAACUUUACGCUAUCCCGUUAUUGAUCAGGUAGUCCGUGUGCCUGGGCUCCCACGGUAUUCGGUCUGUCUGUCUCCAGAAUCAGCGAAAAGCGACUUCCUUUUCUUGAAGCCAUGCGGCCCUCCCAGCUCUCAGACUCAAUCUUAAAUUAGAGAUGGGUAAGAUCAACAUGCCCAUGCUUAAUGUGAUUUUUUUUUUGCUUAUACAAUGCGUAGGUAUAUGGUGGAAUAUAGAACUUCAGAAGUUAUUCCGUUUGUGAAAUUCCUUUUGCUUCCUUUUGAAGAGGAACAUAUUUGUUAUGGUUGUUAAAAUUACAAUAUCCAGCACCGGAGGGUGGUAUCUGUUAACCUUGAAGAGAAUCUUGUUAUCAUUAUCUGAAUGCGUUCACAAAUGGGUUGCUAUAGAGUAUGUUGCGUAAAAAGUGUUUGUUUCCUAUGUCUACUUAAAGUUGUUAUAUUUGAAAAUUAAGAUUUUAAAAUUCGUUGACGCAUUAAAAUGAAUACCUAAUGAGGUUCUAUAAAACCGCAAAAUAUUACCGGAAUUAAAAUGGAGAUAUGGGCUCUCAAAUGGAAACAAUAUAUUGUAAGCACUAAGUAUGUAAGUCUGCACUUAUGGAAAAUGCAACAGUGUUCUUCGUUUCAUAUCCGGAUAGUUUGUCAGAACAGGUAAAAAGAAUAAAG